AUGGCAAAGAAAGGCCGCGGGAGACAACACCAAGAAACACCCAAGAAAAACAAAAGGAAUGUGGACCAGGAUAAAAAAUCAGUGGCUGACCAAAAACGUGAAUUCGAAGCCAGAUAUGUGGAGGAGCACCGGCUCGGAGAAGGAGGCUGCGGAGCAGUGUUUGCUGGCUACCGGAUAGAAGAUCGUUUUCCUGUAGCCAUCAAACACAUUCCCAAAAAUAAAGUGUACUGCAAAGUGGCGGAUGAAAGCGGGAAGAAGCUCUCUGUGGAAGUGGCCAUUAUGCUGAAACUUGCAGGUGAAGCAGAAGGGUCAGUGGAACAUCAGCACCUGUGUCCUUGCUGGAGUGGUUCGACAUUGGCAGAGAACUGA